UUGAGGGAGAAAACCCAAACUGGGUUUCCUCACAACACACUUUGACCACUCCACCACAAUUCUGCAUAACGGAUUAUGAUUUCCGUUAACCUGAGGUUAUAUUACAUAUUACAUUUAAUUAACUUGUGUACAAAAGCACACAGAAGUAGUCUGUGUGUUUACAUUUAAUACAUAUUGUAUUAGAGCACUUUAAAACUUGUUUUUAUUUAGUUUAUACUGCUUUAGUGCUAUAUAUGUGCAUUUUACCAGUUACUGCAAAACUGAGUGCAGUGUGACUGCUUUUUUUAUAUAAAAUGAAAUGUUUGCUGGAGAAGCUAAGACUCUGACCUAUCUCUGACUUUUGCCCAUAUUCUGCAUUUUCUUCACUGCUAUCCAAAAAGUUCACAAGAUUCUAAAAAUGUAUUAUGAAGUCCUUAUAGAUAUUAUUGUAAAAAGUAUUUUCAUAAUUACUUUUUAUUUUGUAGAUGCCUAAGCAUAUAUUAAUAAAGCAUUCUUAUUUUAUUCUGAUUAAUACCGUGCCAUUGGAAAAUCUAAAAUUGCAUACAGUAUAUAUUGUAUAUGAAUAUUAUAAUGUAUUUUUCAGUUUUCAUCUUACUGGGGAAUGAAUGCAUCACUUAUGCAUCUGAGCUUAAAGAACAUCACCACAGUGCAUUUACAGUAUGUGACAAGUUCCCAACUUAUAUUGUACAGUAUAUUCAAACAUAUAUAUAUAUGUAUACUGUACAGACACAAACUGUAUACAGAUUGAUGAAAGUUCUCCUGACCUUUAACUUGGACAUAUAAUGCUGAUGGAACAUUCAAGGAAGAUGAUGGAAGAUUCAAGGAUGAAAGAAAUGCUGCCAGUGGAAUACAUCAACAAUGAACAUUUUCAUUGAUGAGGGACCUGAAAGAAUGUGUUACUUGCAGCCGAGCAACAGAUAAAAAGAUGAUCUGUUCUAAGCAAAGCCAUUUCUGAUUUUGAGCUAUGUGAAUGAGCCGGUGCUGGAAACUUUGAGAAAGCGUGUGUGAGUCAGGAGCAGCUGUAAGCAGUGGCAAUGAGAUUCUCAGAGCAGUGUGUGCCUGACAGACAGCAAGAUCACCAUGGAAUAUGAGCCUCUGGCUGUUCUCAUUCUUUUGCAUCUCCACUGCAUUGGUGCCCAUGACAGUGGCUGGUCCAUGAAGGUGCCCUCAGAGGUGAGGGCAAUAGAAGGGCACCCUGUGGUACUGCCCUGUACUUUUACCCACCCUCACCACACUCCUCAUGCUACCAUCUUGGCAAUCUGGAAGAUGGGCCACAGCUUCAGUGGCCCAGUGGUCUUCCAGUGCGUCAGCCACAAUGGCAGCAACACCUGCAAACCUGAGCCGGGUCAGGACCCUCACUACCGUCUGGAGGGGAACCCAAGAGAGCACGACCUCUCUCUGCGGAUCAACAGUGCUACCUUGAAGGACAGCGCUCGCUAUUUUUGCCGUGUUGAGCUGACUGGUCACCUAGGAGCCAGUUUUGAGAACAGGAUGGGCACACAGCUGUAUGUGGAAGCGCCACCGCGGAUCCUGGAGCUGUCAGCAGAUGGCAGCGCUGAGACGGGAUACAAUGCCAUGUGUCGUGCCCAGGGGUCCCCCUUGCCCGUGAUCUCCUGGAGCCGGCCAACAGACAGGCAUGUGCAGCUGGAAGAGCAGCCCGCCCCAGCACGCGCCCAUGGGCAGCACCAGACGAUUCAGGAGCUGAGGAACAUCACCAAGGGGGGGCCUUUCACCUGCUCUGCCUCCAAUCCCCUGGGGAAGGACCAAGGCACCCUCUACCUGCUGCCCUUCCGCCCCUCUCAGAGCCUGUCUCCUACCCCCCCUGUCCUGCUGUUGCUCCUGUCCCUCUCACUAGUGGCAAAAGUGCUCCUGCUGCUGGGAGGGGGUGUCUGGCUACUCAGACAAGAUGGGGUCUACUGUACUACCAGUCAGUCCUGUUAACCCAUCCUCUAUCACAAAUAGACAGUUAGUCCUCAUAUCACAGAUUGUUCUGUAGUCAUUUUGGCUGACCACAGACAGGACAACUCAUCUGUCUAUAAUACUGAUAUAAUUUGGGCUAUCUGUCCAUAAUCAAUUUAGUUCAUUCUUAGGUCAUUCUUCAGUGGUUUUUCUGCAAGCAUAUAGUACCAAGGCUAUUAGUGACACCCUAUGCUAUUUCUUCUUCAGUCAACAAGUCUUCAGAUUUAUUUCCUUUAAGGUUAAUAUACUGUAGAUAAAAACAUUUUCUCUAUAGAAAGAGAUUGCCUAAGAAAUGGUAGACGUGUCAUUUGCAUUAUUUAGGAAUGUAUACAUACAAUAUAACAGUUACAGUUUCAUGCAAGAAGUAUGAAAGCAAGAGUUGAGGGACUAAGAGAAAAAAGAAAGGUAGUGUGACUUUGAGAAUGCAGCUGUGUGACAGGGAGGCAGGCAGAGAUUAUCAGAAUGAAGAGAAUAAGUGGAAAGUUAUUUAUUAGAUGAUUAGGAAAAGGGGAACAGAGCAAAAGUACACAUGAUUUUCAAACUUUUCUUCAGAAUGAAAAUGGGCUUGAUUUUCCGAAAGAAGUUGUAGAAUUUCAAAGAGGACAAAUUGACUGGUAUGUCAAAAAUAAAUCUGUAAAUUUAGAAAAGAAAGUAAAGGGUUUGUUAUUUGAAAUUGUCUUGUUUUUCACCAAAGAAACCACAGAAGUCAGCUGGAAUCCAUAUUUUAUAGAGACGUGAGGCUCACACCUAUUCUACUGUACAUCUCUCUAAGAUCAAGGGGAAAGUCAGUUUCAUCAUCGUUCUUAAAAAACAUAAUGAAAUACGAAAUUAUGUCCCUAUUUUGCAGCCAGGCCUCAGAAGUUAAGAAUGAUAAGGUUGUGUCAGCACUAGGAUGGGAGACAGUGCACCUCCUUAAGGGUCUUCAGAAGAGACAAUAAAUUGAGGUUCUGUCUGCUUGUUCAUAAAAAUGUAAAAUAGGUGGAAAUUACUUUCUAUUUUCAUAACAAUUUCCAUGAUUUUUUAAACUGCACCAAUGUACAAUUUCAACUGUAAAUGUAAAACUAUAGUAUUUUGAAGUGUAAAUUUGAAGUGUCCUCACCUCAGAAUCUCUUUACCUGAAAAGAUUAAACCAUCUUUUUAUUCGCA